CCGCUCUGGGAGUGUUUCCCAUUUAAACAAACACGGUCUUGCCGAAGAUGGCGGAGAGUUUGUAGAGGCGUUAAAGAAACUGCUGUACUCAAUGAAAGCGUCGAAGCCGGAGAUGUGGAGACACUGAAGUGACACUAGAACCCUGAAUGGAGUUUGACUGGGGCUUGUACUGGCCAAGGUGCUGAUAUGCGCUGAAGAUGAGUGGCGUAGGAGACAACUCGUUGGAGCCACUGUGCUCCGACCGCAAACGUAAAUUGUCCACCUGUGACACACCAGGCUUAGGGUGUGACAAGCGUCGGAGGGAACAGGAGAGCAAGUACAUUGAGGAGCUGGCUGAGCUCAUCUCUGCCAACCUUUCGAACAUUGACAGCUUCAACGUCAAGCCUGACAAAUGUGCCAUCCUCAAGGAGACCGUGAGACAGAUCAGACAAAUCAAAGAGCAAGGAAAGAGCUCUUGCAGCGAUGAUGAUGUUCAGAAGGCGGAUGUGUCCUCCACUGGUCAAGGGGUCAUUGACAAGGACCAUCUGGGGCCACUGCUCUUACAGGCCUUGGAUGGUUUUCUCUUUGUGGUUAACCGCGAGGGCAGCAUUGUAUUUGUGUCAGACAAUGUGACGCAGUACCUGCAGUACAAGCAGGAGGAGUUGAUCAACACCAGUGUUUACAACAUCAUCCACGACGAGGACAGGGAGGAGUUCCACAAAAAUCUCCCCAAGUCCAAUGCACCAAAUGGAGCGUCAUGGAGUGGAGAGGCACCUGGUCAGAAAAGUCACACCUUCAACUGUCGUAUGCUGGUGAACUUCGUUCAUGGUCAGAGUCAUGGUUUGUCAGAAGAGAGGCCCGGAGGGCAGCGCUAUGAGACCAUGCAGUGUUUUGCCCUCACCCAGCCUCGGGCCAUGAUGGAGGAGGGAGAUGAUUUGCAGUCAUGUAUGAUCUGUGUGGCACGACGCAUCACUGCAGUAGAGAGGACAGAGAGGUUCAGCACUCGCCAUGAGCUGUCCGGCAAACUGAUUGAAAUUGAACAGCAGAGCUCUCUUCACACCACGAUGCGUCCAGGCUAUGAGGACCUGGUGAGGCGCUGCAUGCAGAUGUUCCUCAAUCGCAGUGAAGGUCAACCCUGGUCCUUCAAACGUCACUAUCAAGAUGCUUUCCAUAACGGCCACGCAGAGACGCCACUCUACCGCUUCUCGCUCGCUGAUGGCACCCCAGUCACAGCACAGACGAGGAGUGACCUCUGCAGGAAUCCCAACACAAAUGAACCACACUCUUUCCUCUCCACACACUUGCUGCAAAGGGAGCACAAUGGUUAUCGUGGGAACCAGGGUGGUGGCAUGAGGCCUCAAAAUAUGGGUGUAAACAACCCCAACCAGCAAAUGAACAUGGGCCCAGGAGGUGGCAUGGGCAUGAACAGGGGCUACGGCAUGGCUGAACAGGGCAACAUGCAACAAAGAGGAGGGCCUCCGUACACUGGGGGUAACCGCAUGAAUCCCAUGAACCAGAUGAAUCAAAUGAAUCCCAUGCAUCAGAUGAAUCCAAUGCAUCAGAUGAAUCAAAUGAAUUCCAUGCAUCAGAUGAACAGCAUGGGUCAAAUGAAUCAGAUGAAUCAAAUGAAUUCCAUGCACCAGAUGAACUCAAUGAACCAAAUGGGAUCCAUGAACCAGAUGAAUCAGGUGGGACAUCACAGCAUGCAUCAGCAGCAGCAGCAGCAGCAGCACCAGCAUCAGCAGAUGGGUCAGUUCCACGGAAGCGGAGGUGGACCUGGAGGUGGAGGGUACGGUAUGGGAAUGACCAGCCCUCCUCAGGCCAGUCCAGGGAUCAGCGGUCCUCCACACAAUGUCAUGGGUUCACCCAGAGUCCGAGGAAGCCCCAAGACGAGUGCCAGCCCCUUUUCUCCCGGAGGUAUGAACUCCCCCCUGAGCUCCACUAAUGCUGGUAACUCUGGAGGAGGAGGAACCAGCUUCUCUAGCAGCUCGUUGAAUGCCCUCCAAGCCAUCAGUGAGGGAGUGGGCAAUCCAAUGCCCUCCCCACUCACCUCUCCUCCUCCUCACAAGCCUGACAGCUCACCGAGCAUCAAUUCUACCAAUCAAGCUGCAGGAGGACCCUGUAAACCAGGCCCCCCAGCCUACUCUGACUCCAAGAGCCCAGGCAGCUCACUGGGGGCUGGUGGAGAGCAGCAGUCUCAGCAGCCUCCACACACCCCCACCAGUGAGGGUCCUCCUGACAAACCAGACAGCCAGGCCAGCAGAGAGGCAGGUCUGGGUGGAGGAGAAUCCAGCCGACGGGUCCCUGACAGUAAAUACCACAAGAAGCUUCUGCAGCUACUCACCUCCCCUACAGAUGAGCUGGUACCACCCAAUCACCCGCCGAGCUCUGGGCCGAGCUCCACGCCUGAGGCUAAGGAUGGAACAGCUGGGGUCACCAGUCCCUCCUCCUCAACAGGGGUCUCCUCCUCCACAAGCGGGAACCAUGGCUCUGUGUCCUCCUCUGGUGGCACAGGACAUUUACAAAGUCAGUCUCUGCAGGAGAAGCACAAAAUCCUCCACAAGCUCUUGCAGAAUGGGAACACUCCUGAUGAAGUGGCUCGCAUCACAGCUGAGGCUACAGGGAAGAGCAGCUUGGACUCAGGGGCACCAGAGCCAGGGCCUGCAGCCGCUGGAGGGGUGAGGGGAUCAGAAUCAAAGCAGGAGCAGAACAGUUCCAAGAAGGAGAAAGCACGCGCCCUCCUUCAGUACCUCCUCAAUAAAGACGACUCUAAAGAAGUUGGUGAUGUGAAGCCAAAGCUGGAAGAUUUGGAUGGGAGAGGAGCUCAGGGUCCAGGGGUCACCAGCUCAAACCCCCACUGCAUGGACGGCAAGGUCAAGCUGGAGCCAUCUGAUGAGACGGAAACCCUGGAGACCAUUCUGGGUGUCCCGAGGAACAACUCUGGCUUCUACCCCGAACCAGACUCCAGAGCUGGAAAGGAAGUGGGAAACAAACAGGGAGCUAUUUCUGACAGUUUACAUGAUGGGGAGAGAGGUCCGAUGCUUCCAGCUCAACGUGGAGCCUAUCAGAGAGCUUUGUCCAUGGAUGCUAAGCCCAUGGGUGGAGAGGGAGCAGUAGGAGGUGGGCUGACUACAAGAAGAAACGUCCCCUGUCCCACACUGGUCAAACAAGAGAUGAUUGAUGCUCCUCUUCGACCUGGACCUAUGCCCAAUGGCUUUCAUGGAGGCAUGGGUGUGUGUCCACCCCGGGCCAAUCCAACAAGAGGUAUGGUCAGAGGUAUGGGUAUUCAUCAGCGCCCUCCCAUGGCAGGGCCAGGGGAGUGGGGGAUGCCGAGGUCUGGCAGCAGCGCUGUGGCUGGACCAGGAAACCCCGGCAUGAUUCGCUCUGGGCCAGUGGGAGGACCCAUGAUCAAUCGCUCCAACAGUGCACCUGGAAACACCAGGUCAAUGCUGCAGCAGCAACUCAUGGAUAUGGGUCCCAAUGAAGCCAAUAUGGGAGUGAGUCCAUUUGGUGGACAUGGACCCCCACCUCAGUCCCCCUCCUGGCCAGACUCUGCCAUGGGAAUGGACAGACAACAGAGUAACACAAACAGAGAACCGUUUGCACACCCCCUGGAUGAGCUACUGGGGCCCCUAACCAACAGCGAGGGCCCAAGUGAUGAACGGGCACUUCUGGACCAGCUGGACUCUCUGCUCAACACUGCCGAUGUCAUAGCUCUGCAGGAAAUAGAUCGAGCUCUAGGCAUCCCUGAAAUAGUACGCCAGCCGCCGGGACCUGAAGGCCACCAGCAGGGCCAGGAUCAAGGCCAGGGCCAGUGUCCUCCAUCAGAGCCUUUCCCAGGGCCGGACUCCUCUAUAGGCAUGGACCAAAAACCAAUGUAUGGCCAGGGCUACCCGGGCCCUCCAGGACCCCCUUCUAUGGGCAUGCAGCCCGGUUAUGGCGGCAACACAAUGCAAGGCCAGUCUCCUGGAGGCUUCAACCCCAUGAUGAAUCAGAUGGGCCAGACAGGGGGCUUCCCAGGGAUGGCAGGCAUGGGGGGUAUGGGCAACCCCCGGGCAAACAUGACGAGACCUCGCAUGAUGACUGCAACCAAACCUCUUCGACUGCAACUACAGCAGAGACUACAGGGACAGCAGUUUAUGAACCAGACACGACAAGGCAUUAAGAUGGAAAAUGCCCCUGGGGGAAACCCUGCCAUGCGUCCAGGCAUGCAACCGGGCAUGCAGCCUGCAGGCAUGAGUGGUCAGCCUGGUUUCCCAAAUGUUCAGAUGAUGGCUCAGCGCAACAGGGAGAUGAUGACCAUGCAGAUGAGGAGGCAGCGCAUGAUGAUGCUGAUGCAGCAACAGGGGGGUCAGGGUCAGGGGGCAGCAGGAGGCUUCAGUCCUCCUCCUAAUGUCACAGCACCAGGAGGCAUGGACAGCCCCAUGGGAGGCCCCCCCAUGAACCAGCCUGGACAGCAGGGUUUCAACUAUGGAGGUAACUAUGGGAUGAACCAGCAGGGGGACUCAUCAUUCAUGGCUCCAGGUAGCAGUCCACCGGGAAAUAUGAUUCCAGGACGAAUGGGAGGUCCUCCACAGAACACCAUGGUGCCAGGGAUGCAGGGAAACCCACAGGGAGGGCACAUGUACCCGUCUGGAGAGAUGAAAGGCUGGCCGCAGGGUGGCAUGCCACGAAACAACUCAUACCCCCAGCAACAGUUCCCCCAGCAGGGCAGCCAGGGCCAUUUUGGACCUAUGAUGAUGAACAACUCCAUGGGUGGACCAGGGCCGGUCAGUGGGGCCGGUGCAGGACAGAUGGCCCAAAUGCAAGGACAGAUGCAGGGCCAAAUGGGCAUGAACCCUAUGGGAAUGGGAAGAAUACCAAUGGGACCUGAUCAGAAGUAUUGCUGAGGAUCUGUGGCGGACUACGAAAUCUGGACCCUUUCAGCUGUGGCAGAUCGAACUGGAUACACAAACACACAUACACCCACACUGUAGGAAUUGCCCAGCAUAAAAUGUGACACAGAAGACUCAGCACAACACACUGUUCGCCCUGGAGAAUGUGGAGGACUAAUUCGUGCUAGGUUUUACACCUUGCACAAACACACACACACACACAAACAUAAAAUAGCUGUGUGUGUGUGUGUUUUUCUGUGUUCAGGUGACUGACCUGAAGCUGUCGGGCAGUAUUCAGCGUCACAGCCAGGAUGCAGAACAGGACUACGGUACAACUGGCUGUGGCUGCACUUUACCUGGAGGCUUCUGUGCGGAAAAAGAUUGAUGCAAUAUUUCUUCAUCAUUACAGCCUUACUAGAGAUUCAAUGCCUUCACAACAAUGGGUUUCUUUUCUUUUUUUUUUUUUCUAUUCUUAUCCUUUGGAUGCGCCUCAUUCUUAAAAGUCAGUGGAAGCUAUAAGCACACAGUUUACUAUGUUAUGCAGAUCGGAGCAAUAACUCUCGCCUCUAUGCUUUAGACUAUAACUGAGCAUCAUAAUCCCUGUUAUAAGCAAGCAAAUGGUACUGCAGUAUUAGAUGUCUCAUGUCCUCUGUGAAUAUGAAUUGUAAAUAUUCUACAAAAUAUAUCAAACGUGCUUUUUAAAGGCCCAUUCUUGCACAAAGUAUGAGACCUGGUUGUAUUUUUGUGUCCCAUAGGUCAAUACUGAUUUGGUUGAUUAACUAUUUCUUAUGCUUUUUGCAAAUAUUGCAGGCGCGUCUGGGUGUCCAUUCCCCUUGUUUGUCAUUUUCUGAAUCCGUUUUAAUUUUCCAAAAAAUUAUGUAUUUCAUGUUUUAGCAAGGCACUUUUUACUUGUGAUGAGCAUCUGAUGUGUUCGGUGUGACGGCAUCAGACGUUUUAUUGGACGUUGGGGAACGUUUAUUCUGUCAGGACAUGGAGACGCUGACCACAUAAAUGAAAAGGUUUCGUGGGGUUCGGCGUGAGGUGAGCUGCGUGGGGUUUGUCUGCAGUACAGUGAAGGCUGCACUGUACAGAUCCCUCAGUUCACCAAGAAGCCUGGUUCUCGCAGUGUUCUCCCGCCGGCUCUGUCAAGUGUAUCUCCAUUCUCAUCAUGUUCUUUUGACUGUUAUCAACUCGCUGAAUCUACCUUUUCAACAUGCGCAAUCCAAAGAUAUUUUUCCACAUCUGUAUAGUUUCUGAGGUUUCUGGUGUACAUUUUUUAUGAUAUGUGUUAUAUUAUUCUGAUGGUAAAUGGGUACACGUGUACAUCUGUAAAAGCGUAGGAUGGUUAUCGACGUGAUAGUUUGUUCCACAGUGGGAAGCUAUCGGCGCAGUGCGAAGAGGACUGGAAACUCUCAACCCCACAGCAGAACGUUUUUUUACGCUCGCAAAAGAAAGCAUGUCUCGCUGUGAUGGAGGAAUACCAAUGGAAUGAAAUCCACUUAAAGACAUAUCAAUAUCUCAUCUAUUUUUCAGGAAAACAACUUCAUUUUAUGUCCAGAUUUUGUUACUUCAGGAAAAAGGAACUUUGUAGAGUUUGAAUGAAGUGCAAAAGAGGCAAGAGAUCAUUUGGUUUGUUUCUGUUUUUUUCUUUGUUUGGAGGUAAGAUAAGCUGUCAUUUUACAGGAUGUAUAUUACAGAUUUUUUUCUGUUGAUGUUGAAAUUUAUGUAAAUACAAAUUUCUAUUUAAACAGU